AGUGGUUCGAUUCCUCUUGACGGGGAUUCAACAUGGGCGAGUGAAUGUUACCAUAGCCCCGGGUUAACCCAAGCCAUGUGAGGGAAAUUGGGAAGAUGGCACACUGUGUGGGCCGUUGGAUGUUGCCGGGAGUUGUCUAGUAGAGCGCGGGCCCUAAUUGGGUCUGCGUCGCUCAAAAUGAGCAUUAAAUACUCUAGGACUCUCCAUCUAAGCCAUGGCCCCUCCUAGAAGUAAUAGACAGGGUAUAUCCCUCGAUAUUUGUGAGGCUAGCCAUGUAAAAUAUGCACAUCUAUCUAUCUAUCUAUCUAUCACUCAAUUUCAGUGCGAUAGAGCGACAAUUAUCACAAAGUUGUGAUAUUUAUCGCUCUGGGUUUUCUCCCAAAAGUGCAACUUCAACAAAAUACCGAAUGCCCUUUUAAAGAAAUUGAAUAGAUUCUAUUGAAGUGUAACUUCAGCACAUGCUUACACGUGUUGAGCACAAGAAAUAGUUUCACAUGUGUUAUGAAGCGAGCAGUGUUGUAAAGCAAGUUUUAUUAAAUGGGAAAAACAAAUAGGUGGAACUUAAAGGGAAGAUGAGUAUUUAGCAGAGGCUUUUCGAAAUUUUAUUAUGUCUAUACGACAAAAGUUGCAAAGGAGUAUCGAGAAAAAAGAUCGAGUGGCAAAUGCUUGGAGGAAAGUUGAGGAUGAAUUAGGAUGUGAAGAGGGUAAAGUUUAUCCUUUUUCGUCAGUUCAAUGCGCUAUAUUUUUGCGCUGUUAAACCUUGCGCGUAUUCAGCUUGUUCUAUUACUUAAUUGGAAAAAAUGUUUUUAAAUUCAACUGUUUUAAAGUUAAGCUUUUCAAAGAUGAGACAACUUAAAAAAAGAUACAGCAAGGAAAGGAAUAACCUAAAAAGGAAAUCUGCAUCGGGAUCAGGUUUGGCUGACGUUGAAUCGUGUGUCAAAUUUUAAAGGAAUACUCUUUUUUGUCUUGGCUUGAUAAGCAUUUAAAUUAGACACAAAAUCAAAUAUAACGGCUCCGGAGGAUGAGGAGGAUAUUGAUUCUUAUUCGGAGGCGGCGGUUGAAAUUAUUUAAUUAACAAGAAUGACCCUACAACAAAGUCACCAAGUUUGGCCUAGAUGACAACUAUUGACCUCAUUGUGCAAUUUCACUUCUUAAAGCAGUUGAUUAUGCACUCCUUUCAAUUCUCUUUCUCUAUAAAUUUGACGAACACGAGAAAAUGGCGAUUUUCUUCGUCUCUUUUUUUUUACUAUUAAGGCCACAGCUUUUUCUUUUUUCUGAACUGUCUGCCAUCUUGAAAUGCGUGUGUACACAUAAGAAAAUUUCGCACAAAUAAUAAUUUGUAUUGGCAUGCUGUCGCACUGAAACUCAUUUGCAGCGUAGAACUCCUGUCGCACUAAAUUUUUGUGUAAUUUUAGAGCGAUAGGAAGGUUGUAUUUUAAUACUUUUUUCUUUACUUUUCUACCAAGAUGUAACUAUUAUCAAGUUUUAAUUUUUUACCAGACAAUACCUUUAUAACGCGUAAAAACCUCUUUGAAAAAUUUUGCGCAACUUCGGUUUAAAUAAGUCUAGUUUUGAAUUUAUUUUGCUUUAUGAUCAUUUUUAUCAUUUACCAGUCAGCUAUUUCAGGUUAACUGUCUAUAAGUUUUUUUUAACACAAAUAUUUAUAUAUGGUUUACUUGCGGAGAUUUAUUUUGAUCACAUGCGUCAUCUGUGAAGAAUACUCACCAGACCACAGACAUUUAUGUCAACAUUCUUUGAUCUCUUUAAUAAAAGCCGUAUUCUAUCUGUCUGUUUGCGCACGAGAAAAAAAGUCGUGUUGCGUAACAUGAAAUGCUACCAGUAUAAUAAUUCUUAAAGAGUAUUAUGGUAGUUUUAUUUAUUUUUCGAAUUUUUAUUAGACACCUUUUGAAUUUUCAUCAAAUUUUGUGUUGGACGUGAUAAAAAAGGGAAAGUGAACAGAGAUGUCUGCUUUUUGUUGAUAACAGCGCUGGUUAAUUAAUCAAGUUUUGAAUGUAGAUAAUCCCCAGUUACCUAGGGUGGAGCAGCUGAUGCCAGUUGUGUCUGAAAGAUUUCCCUUUUUUAGUCUCACACUCAAAAGUGCAAUGCAAUGGCUUCGCUAAUUUUAUAACGAAUUGACGGCAGUCUAAAAGGCUUUAACGUCUUGACGUAACGUCGAUAAAGUUAACAAAUUAUACAUAACGGUUUUAGCGGCUUCAAAAUUAAAUGAAAACAACCCAUUCUUCUUAUACACUGUCACCAUAUUAUGAUAAAGGAUUAAAUAAGUAAAUUAGUUCUCUCGAAGUGUGCUUAUUACUACAACUAGUCGUUAUCCCGUGAAAAAAUUCACAAGAAUUCAUCUGCCAGGAAUAUCCACAAAAAUAUUCCCGUCACCAUUUGCAGCUACCAUUUGACACAGUGAGUAUCCUAAUAUAGACUAGUCGUUAACCCAUAAAAAACACACGAGGUGUCUCGUCUUUAAGUUACACGUUAGUUUGUGUGCCUGUAACACGAUAUGUUUUUUGCGACAUGCAUGCAGAAUAUGUCUGUUGUUAAUUACACUUGUUGGCAUUCCGUGGAAAAAUCCAAGAACCACCGGUGAAUCAAUAUAACACCAAAUAUAUUAAUCAUGUAUUUAUGAUGCCAUAAUAAUAGAAUUUCAUGACUAACUGUAGCGAAUGCUGUGCUGAGAUCAAUAAGGUUUGAUAUAUCUCUUGACUCAACUGAAUGAUUACAUGAUCAUUUGACUGGCCUGCCAAACAGCCAAAUGUCUUAUUAUACUCGCACUUUGUCGGAAUUUAAGUUUAUGUAUAUUUUUAAAAGUCUUGGGUUGUUUUCCUUACUGAUAACGUUGCGUAAAUAGACUGUAGUAACACAUGGGUGUUAAAGCACAAUCUGGAGUAUUUCCAUUCAGACUGAAGAAGUAAAGAGGGGUAGAGUGGAACAAAAUUCGAAAACGGACUUCAAAUUCCAAUCUUAUCUUUUGUUUUUUCAAACCAAUCAAAAAUCAGUUAUACAAAACUUUAACCCGCAAAAUUAUAUCUUAAAAACAAAUUGGGACACUGUGAAGUCUUAAGUUGUAAAGAAUUCGUUAUAUAGUCUCCCUUUCUCUAAUAUUAUUGUAAGAGAAAGUAAAAAAAUGUGAUCUCACAUCAGUUUUAAAAAGUUGUGAUGAAAAACAAAUAAAGCAAUACGGUAAAAUUAAAAAUAGCCAUUUUACAAAUUGUUUAUCGGUAUACUACAACCUGUAUGCUGAAUAAUUAAUUUAGUAGUAUUAAAACUAUAAUUUGCUUCGUAGAAACAACGAACAAACGCACUAAUAAACAUUAUAUUUAGAAACAGAAGAAACGUUCUGUUAAGAGCAUUUUUGAAGAAAGAACGUCAACGCGGAUAUUAUAGUCAUGGCAACGGCAGUACCUCCAACAGGAUCUUCUCACCACGCAUUGAUCGCAAACAAUGAAUAUCAAAUUAAAUUGGUCACGCUUCUCAAUGAAUGUUGUGACCACUUACGUGAAAUUUUACAUGAUCCUGCCCGUGGCAACAUGCCAAGGGAUAAGAAACAAUUAUAUCUGUCAUUAAAACAAUAUAAGAAACGUUUAAACCAUUUGAAAAGAGAUCAGCUGGAAAUCGUUUUUCCACAAGAUAAGGAAACAGAUUCGGGAUUGUUUGACAUCACUAUUUUAUGUGACGUUCUAAUUAAUUGUUGUCACGGUAUACAAGCACCAAUUGGUGGAUGGAGGACCAGAACACCGCAACCAAAUGAUUUCAGUGUCGGUGCUGACAUCAUUCGAAUCAGAAAUGAGCGGAAUAAUGUUAUGCAUGGAAGAGCAAUGAGUUCAGCACAAUAUAAUCAGCUAUGGAAUGCCAUAGAAGGUAUAUUAAGAAGACUCGGAUACGACAUAACAAAAAUUAAAGAUUUGAAAUCUGGUUGCUUGAAUGACUUAGACUUAUUUAAGAUUGAAAUUAUGAAAGCAGUUACUGAAAUUUUAAAUUUCAAUGUUAACAAAAACCAAGACAAUAUAAAACAAAAUCAAGAUGACAUCAAAGCAAAUAAAGACAGUAUUCAGCAAAACGAAGAUGGUAUUAAACAAAAUCAAGGUGACAUCAAAGCAAAUAAAGAUAGUAUUCAGCAAAACGAAGAUGGUAUUAAACAAAAUCAAGGUGACAUCAAAGCAAAUAAAGACAGUAUUCAGCAAAACGAAGAUGGUAUUAAACAAAAUCAAGGUGACAUCAAAGCAAAUAAAGAUAGUAUUCAGCAAAACGAAGAUGGUAUUAAACAAAAUCAAGGUGACAUCAAAGCAAAUAAAGACAGUAUUCAGCAAAACGAAGAUGGUAUUACACAAAAUCAAGGUGACAUCAAAGCAAAUAAAGACAAUAUUCAUCAAAACGAAGAUGGUAUUAAACAAAAUCAUGGUGACAUCAAAGCAAAUAAAGACAGUAUUCAGCAAAACGAAGAUGGUAUUAAACAAAAUCAAGAUGACAUCACAGCAAAUAAAGACAGUAUUCAGCAAAACGAAGAUGGUAUUAAACAAAAUCAAGAUGACAUCAAAGCAAAUAAAGACAAUAUUUAUCAAAACGAAGAUGGUAUUAAACAAAAUCAGGAUGACAUCAAAGCAAAUAAAGACAGUAUUCAGCAAAACAAAGAUGGUAUGAAACAAAAUCAAGAUGACAUCAAAGCAAAUAAAGACAGUAUUCAGCAAAACGAAGAUGGUAUUAAACAAAAUCAAGCUAACAUUAAAGCAAAUAAAGACAAUAUUCUGCAAAACAAAGGUGGUAUUAAAGAGAAUAAAGAGAAUUAUAAUCGAUUAGCAGCCGAAGUGGAAAUAGUAAAGCAAACUAUUUCUUCAUCAUUAUGUGAUCAGAAGAGUUCUCAGUUGGAAGAAACUAUAAAAGAACAACCCAGUUAUAUACUAUUAAAAAAUUUCCGAGGAGAUUUUCUAAUACAAUUUGAAGAUGGCUGCUCCCACUGGUCUAUGAAAAGUGUACAAGUCAUCAUUACUGAAAAUUUUGUGAUAGAAUCAAAAGAACUUCAUGUCGACAACGAUUACAUUGUGGAAGAAGAAGAAGGGACACUAAUCCUGAUUAUUUACAAUCACAUUGCCAAAUCGAUUAAUGGGUUAUCAGUUAAGUUAGUUGACAGUGAAAGUAAAACUCAUUUGAUUCCAAUUGAAGAUAUUGCACUGGUCCGAGCACAUAUGUGUACAACCAGCUAUUUUGAUGUUAGAACCCACAACAGUGGAAGAAUAUCUGAACAGAUAAAAUGCAUUGUAGGAGCAGAAAGAGAAGAAACAAAUAUUGAAUUUAUAUGUGGUGGUAGCCUGCAAACAAUGGAACCUAAGGAGUACGAAGCAUUUGAAAGAGAUUACAUCCAGCGUUAUUUCACCGUCAAUGGUAAAUGCAUGGAAGAACCACUCCAAAUUCCACCCCCAAUGCCAAAAGUCACACAUUCCUUAUUCGCACAAAAGAUAAAGGAUGUUAUAAUCGAAUUACAACCUCGUUUGUUUACAAUAUUUACUCAUUAUAACACGAAGGAACAUAUUCGAUUUCUAAAACUGGAUAAAGAAUUUUCUUUGAGUUUGGAAAGCACAAUUACUGAUAACAAAAGAAUUCUACUUGUGUUGCCAAAUUAUAUCAUCAACAUUAGAUACACAGAAACAACCGACGCAGUAAGAAUACAAGAUGAAGUCAAAGCGGGCGAAGAAGACUUGAAGGAGCUAUCUAUCAUCACUAAAAAACAUCUUAAAAAUGGUCACCUGACAAUGGUUAAUGUUGUAGCUGCACCACAUUUCGAAGAUAUCGAAAAUAUCCACCUUUGUGUAGAUUGCAACUUACUCUCCAAAAAAACUUUGGCUGAGGAUAGAAAUAUGACGAAGUUCUUUUCAAAUAUUUUGCAAAGCUCACAAGUACAAAAUAAUGUUCAGGACAACAAGGAACGGUAUAUCAACAUAGUUGGUAAAGUCAUGUGUUUUAUGGCUACAAGAAAAGCACUCUAUUCUGUUCCUUCACUCAGUAACAACGUCCACGAACAAAUAAGCUCGUUAAUACUUUCUCCACAGCAACUCCGUCAUUUAUACAACAACUCUUUAAAAAAAAUUAUAAUCGGUCCUCUAGGCAGUGGUAAGACAGUGCUAGCUUUAGCACAUUUGGAAAUAGCUUACGAGCGCUCUGAGAAUAGAUCGGUCAUAUACUACGUUAUUUGGGACGGCAACACAUUGCUUAAACGGGAUAUUGUCAAUCAUACUAAAAGAUUUAAUUACAAAGCCGCUGUCGAAGUUGUUGUAAAGGAUAAUGUCGAAUUAGCUAAGGAUUUGAAAAUGAAUGAAGUGCCAACACCAUACCAGUUAUUAGAGUCAUUGGUUAAGAAACAUGUUGACCAAAACCUGCAUCUAAUAAUUGAUGAAUUAAAUGGAGAGUUAUUUAACAAGGAAGAAUCAUCUUUGCUUAAACACUAUCUGGAAACUGAAGACAAAUUAAAUAACUCUUUCAUCAUUUUUUUCCCACAAUCCAUUGAGAAACAUAGAACAUUAAUUUCACACCAAAGAGUCACAAUACAUGACAAGUACAAGUAUGAAGAAACAGGAAUGAAAGUUUUAAAACUGAACAGAGCAAUGAGAACAACCCGGAUAAUCUUUCAGUUUUUAAAGGCUUUUGAAAAUGAAGUAGAACAAGACAAGGUAACAAUGAAGCUUCCCGAUCAGCAAUCAAAAGAAGGAAUGUCCACCAAAAAAAAUAUCGAAAAAAUACUGAAUUUCUUUUCCAAAAUUUGGAAAAAACAACCACAACAGCAGCAAGAGCCACAACGGCGACAACAACAACAACAGCAGCAGCGGCAGCAGCAACCACCACCACCACCGCAACAACAAGGACAAACUACCAGUAGCAAUGUCACGCCGAUAAUAAAAGGAGAAGAAGAAAGUUUUGAAACACCGGUUGAUAUUGAUGUCGUUGCAGCUUCCAUACCAGAUGGGGAUCUUUCGGGUAAUGUUAGAAUUGACACUUCAUUAAAAUUUAAUACAGCGUAUUCAAUCGGUCAUAAUAUCAAAGGAACAAAACCGUUAUUGAUACAUCCGGCAAAAACUCCAACAACAGACAAAGAGUUUAUACCAAUGUUAGCACUUGUUUUACAAGAUGUAUGUUUACAUCAUGCCACUAAACGUUUGUUCAUAUAUAACACAUUCCCUCAAAAGGAUAUUUUUUACAGAUUACUGAAACUGUUAAAAAUUGAUUUUCUUCGCUACGACAAGUACACUGACUGGAAAGUUUUAAAUUGUGAUGAUAUCACAGUUAAAAAUCCCUUACAGAGUCAAACUUAUAACCUGCUCACUACUAUUGAGGGAAGUCGUGGAGUUGAAGCAGCCGAAUGCAUCUGUAUAAUUGAAAGCAAUGAUUGCAAGUUAAAACAUUUGACGUUAGAAGCAAUGUCCAGAGCAACACAAAAUCUGGUCCUUGUUUCAACGUCCAACGUUUACCAAUCAGAUACAGUAAAAUCAUCAACUGGUAAUAUCAUAAGUAAACUGUUAGCUGAACAUUUGGUUGAAUACAAUGUAGAAGUCUCAAACGAUAAAGAUACGGAAAUACCGUUCACAAAGUCUAUGAAAAGUAACAAUAAAAUAGUUUUUAACAUAAAACCACAAUAUUGGAAAUUCAAAGAAAUGAUAAAAGAUUUGGAACAUGUUGGUUGUCAGGCAACGGAUGAACGCCUAAAUGCGCACGAGAUCGUUAGGAAAAACUUUUAUCCUCCUGGAAAAGUGAGCAAUAUAAUUUGCUCAUAUUUGUCACCUACAUCAUGUAUAUUGAGAUGGCAAAAGGACGCUAAUAAAUACACCGUUAGUAGACAAGAAAGUAAAAGUUUAACCUGGAAUAACUUAGCAACUGACAUUUCUUGCAAUCAAUACAUCGUUAAUGACAUGGUAAUUGGUGAAUCGUGCAAGUUUUGUGUAGUUGCUAAAAAUCAUCUUGGUGUAUCUGAUGACAGCACUGUGUCUUAUCGUCACGAACUUCCAGACGUCAUGGGUGUCCAAUUUAAAGAUAUCGUGGAAAUUAUUAUAACUAACGAUAUCGAGAAACUGCAAAAAUUACUAUCCAUUCAUCCAAACAUCGUUCACAUGAGAGAUGAAGAUGAACGCACACCAUUGAUGUGGACAGUACGGAACACCGACAAUACAUCAAUGGUGGAAAUACUCAUCUCAUAUGGGAGUGAUGUUUGGGCGGAAAAUAGUGUGAAACGAAACAGUUAUCAUUCGGCUGCAAUAUAUGAUCGUCACACAAUAUUGGAUAUGUUAUGUCGACAUGAUGUAACAAACAUCAACCGUGGAAAUGUUAACAACCGCACACCAUUACAUCAUGCUGCAGAUAAUGGUCACAUCUCAUGUGUUGAUGUUUUGUUGCGUCAUGAAAAUAUUGAUGUGACGAUCGAAGAUAUACAUGGAAGAACAGCUUAUGAUUAUGCUGGAAGAUGGAAUGAACACAACCGGGAAAUAAUAAGACGAAAAAUAAAAGAAUACGAAGACAGGACGAAGUAAAUAUUUCAAAUGAUUUUGUUUUGAAAAACAACAAUCAGUUUGUAAGAUGAGGAACGAGUCCAUUUUUUAGUUUUAUUUUAUAUUGUAAUAAAUUUAUUUGUAGUAAAACGUACUGAAACAUUUUUCUGUUCGAUUUUUAUCAAGCCUUGUUUCGUUUAUAUUUCAUUCAGGAAGCGACACAUGUCAAAGGUCACGUGUUUUUUUAAACUGUCUCAAACUUGCCGCAUGGUGCAAUGUAGAGUGAAUCUUAUUUAUUACAAACGUGAACUGAUAUACUUUCUCAACCUCGUCCCCAAGUCUUGUUAGGCCUUUAUAUUUUGAAGGCCCUGGCUGGUCACGUGACGACAGAAUACCCACGUAUAGUGGGUAUUUUGAAAAUAAUUAUUUGUCUCGCUCUUCCAAAAUAUACACAAGCAGUCGAGAAAAAAAUGAAAGAACUGACACAAUUAUUUAGAACUAGUCGUUGCCCGUGGAAAAAUCCACGGCUUCGCCCGUCCUUUAUAUUUACCCGUCGCAACAAAGUGGAUAAAAAUAUAUCGCAUUUGAUAUUCGUGUUUCCGUAACAUCAUUUUCUAACUCAGCGGGGGGUCCGAGCAGAGACAGACAGACGGAAUACGGCUAUUAUAAUAGAGAUGGUUAAAAUAAUAUUAAUAAGAAAAAAAUAUAUAUAUAUUUUUAUAUAAAUAUUUUUAUAUAAAUAUUUUUAUAUUGUAAAAAUUAUUUUUAUUUAUUUAUAAUAACAUUGUUUAAUGUAUAAAAGAACUGUUAAUAAAUAUUGUAUAAUAUAUUAAACAUUCACACUUG